UAGCAGAGUACGGAAAGACAUGUACAAUGACACAUUAAAUGGCAGUACAGAGAAAAGGAGUGCAGAAUUGCCUGAUGCUGUGGGACCUAUUGUUCAGUUACAAGAGAAACUUUAUGUGCCUGUAAAAGAAUACCCAGAUUUUAAUUUUGUUGGGAGAAUCCUUGGACCGAGAGGACUUACAGCCAAACAGCUUGAAGCAGAAACAGGAUGUAAAAUAAUGGUUCGAGGCAAAGGCUCAAUGAGGGAUAAAAAGAAGGAAGAACAAAAUAGAGGCAAGCCCAACUGGGAGCAUCUAAAUGAAGAUUUACAUGUAUUAAUCACUGUAGAAGAUGCUCAGAACAGAGCAGAAAUCAAACUGAAGAGAGCAGUUGAAGAAGUGAAGAAAUUACUGGUACCUGCAGCAGAAGGAGAGGAUAGCCUGAAGAAGAUGCAGCUGAUGGAGCUUGCCAUUCUGAAUGGCACCUACAGAGAUGCCAACAUUAAAUCACCAGCCCUUGCCUUUUCUCUUGCAGCAACUGCCCAGGCUGCUCCAAGGAUCAUUACUGGGCCUGCGCCUGUCCUCCCACCAGCUGCCCUGCGUACGCCUACGCCAGCUGGCCCUACCAUAAUGCCUUUGAUCAGACAAAUACAGACCGCUGUCAUGCCAAACGGAACUCCUCACCCAACUGCUGCAAUAGUCCCUCCAGGGCCCGAGGCUGGGUUAAUCUACACGCCCUAUGAAUACCCCUAUACAUUGGCACCAGCUACAUCAAUCCUUGAGUACCCUAUUGAGCCCAGUGGUGUAUUAGGUGCGGUGGCUACUAAAGUUCGAAGGCACGAUGUGCGUGUCCAUCCUUACCAAAGGAUUGUGACCGCAGACCGAGGUUAGUUUAGUUCUGCAGUUCUUGUUUAUAAGAGAUGCGUUGGAUGUCCAUAAAAUUUGCAACACCACACCUGGUGGAAAAAAAAAAAACAAAACUGUUUACCUGAAUACCAUUUCUUUUCCUUUCGGAAAUUCAUUUUAACAAUUCACAGAUUUAAGGGCUGGGGUGGGUUUUUUCCUUCCUUCAUAUUUUGACUUAUUAAAUCUAUUAUUAUAUGCUAUGAUUUAUUCCUACUAAAAUGUAAAUUAGCCAAUUUGGGGAAUUACUAAAUUUGUAUGCUGCCUUAACUAUUUUUAAUAAUUACUUUUGCUAAAUUAUUGCCUUUUUAUUGUUCCAAAAUUUGGGGUUGGUAUUGCAAAAUGACUGAAUGGAUGGUGCUUUAUUGAAAGAAGUAAAGGAAUAUAUGCCUGCUGUGUACUUUUGGAGAAAACUGAAGAUUCAGUUUCAAUUUUCUUUACUACAAGAAAACCUUUGAGCCACUGUUUAAACACAAGAGUGUAGAUGCCAAGUACUUAGCUGAAAUCAACAGGUCAGGACUGUGAAGAUACUGUCAUGUAGUUGGACAUUUUAAUGUAAAUUAGAAAAUCAGUUCCCUUUUAUUCUUACAUUCUCUUGCCAAAAUGGAUCCUUUGAUCUUUGUCAUUUGCUGCUAAAAUAUAUUAUCUGAAGGUAAACCAUCUCCUGAAGAUCUGUGGUAUAUGAAAUCCUUUUUGACUAACCUGUGACUAGACCAUAAGUCUUCAUUUUUCUCCUUUUCAACAUUUUCAAUUUGUGUCCUAUAUAUACCCUUGGACUCUUUAUUAUAAAGUAUUUAUGCUCAUGAGGAGUGUUAUUUUCGGUUUAUUGACAUUGUUUUUGUUGAUGUUUUUAAGUUUGUUUUCAGCAUGAGAUGGUAGGAAAAGAUUUUUUUUAAUUAUGGCACAUUUAUUACCCAUUAAUUAAAUUAAUCAAAAAACCAUAAUUGUGGGAAAAUAACGAGUUUAUACUCUACUAUACAUCCUCUAUGAAAGACCUAUCCUGCUUUACCUGGUUAUCUUGAACGCUGAUCAUAAAUACUGGACUGGACACAGCUGAUGAUGUCACUAGAAAUGCCUUUCCAAAGAUGCUUGAUAAAAUUUCAUACAUGCAUGAUUAAAGAGCCUCUGAAGACUUUUUAAAACUAAUGUAUACAUUAUUUGUAAUCAUUUUUUCAGUGAAUAGACUCCAUACCCAGCAGUUUUCCAUUAACAUAUAGUACUUGUUGGCAGAUAUGCCAAGUGUGAGCAUACAAACUUCUCUUAGAGUGGAGUCACUAGGAUUUGAAGCUAUAUUCAUACUGUUAAUGUCUAAAGUAGUUCUACAGAGUUUUUUAAAGUAUUUUUUCUUUAGUUAAUUGUUACUCCCUGUAUACUAUUAGGACAUUUCUCAUAGUUUUGUUUUAACACACUAAUUAUUGGGUUUCUUAAUCCAGUUCCUUUAGAUAGUUGGAAGAUACUAAAGGAAGAUUAUAUUCUAUUUCGAAAAUGACAAUACAUUCCAUGCAUGGCUCUUAUUUGUAUUUAAUUGGUUUUUAUUAAUUCACAUUUUAAUUUAGAAUGCAAUGUCAGCAAACCGAAAUGCUAAUUUUUUUAAAUAAGUAAUGGAAUACUUAGAGACUUAAUUUCACUAUGCACUCAUGGGUCUAAGGAGAUGCCUGAAGUCCUUCACUUAGAUAUUUUAUGAUACUACUGUUUUCUCUAUUUUUGAGGUUUCUUUCAUAGUUUCAAAACAUUGUUUUGAAGAGGAGAUUAUUAUAAGCAUUCACUUGAUGCAAGGAAAGUCAGUCUUACACAUAUAACCAUGUAAUUCUGUAUGAGCCUAAAAGUAACUACAUGGUUGACAAAUACCUUGUUCUUUACUAAAAAUAAGCCCACCUCUUUACAUACUUCAAACCUGAAUUUGAAACUUACAAAAGACCAACUGACUUUAUUUGUAUUGAACUGUAAGUGAUUUUGCACAAUUGAUAUACCUGUAUGUACUAUAAAAGGCCAAGACUUGGCAGAGGGUGUAUUCUAGGUAUAUAUAAAUUGAUUGUUUGCUUUGUUCACACUCAAACAUCAGAAAAAUUUCUGAUUAGUGAUUUAUAAAAAAUAUAAUAAGAUACUUAAACAUUUUUGCUCAAAAAGUUAAUUAGAAGCCAAAAAAGCUUUAAAGAUUCCCUAUAUGUUGAAGAAUCUGUGAAAAGGUAGUGUGACUAUAUCAUGUUAAAUAUUUGUUUCCUCUUUUGAUUUGGAAUAACAUUUUUAAUUUUAAAUAAAGUUCCACUUCAUUUUCAGGAAAUUCAGAAAUGAUUUAGUCACAUGAAGGAUAUGGUAUUUUUUUGGUAGUAGUCACUAACUGUCCUAAAUAAAUGAUUCAUUGAAGAGACUAUUUUCAUUCUGUGAAGGUAAAUCAGUCCAUUAAACAUAUGAUUUGAAACCUGGUGGACAUUACACCUGCUGGGUUUUGAUUUUUGAAGUGGCACCGAAUCUCAUGUUGCACUGAAUACCAUUUCAUUCACAUCUCCUCUGCCUUAGUUGCAAUGGCAACAGUACAGAAAAUUCUGUUUAAACCUCAGAAUAUAGUAGAAAUAAUUAAGCUGUUGAAUGAGUCUUAAAAACUGUACUACUGUUAAGUGGACCAAGUUUGGUGAAGCAGAAGGUGACAGGUUGCUUAAGGAAGGGACAACUCAAGGACAUUGGGAAUAAUGACUUUUCCACUUGAGAACUACUUUUAUGUUUUACUGUAAUUUUUUUUAAUUUUUUGUUCUUUUUGUUAUUUUGCAAAGGAAAAUAGUAUUUACAGGUGGCUUCUUUUAAAAUAUAAAAUUAUAAAGCAGGAAUGUAUAUGAAAUGUCAGAUUUUAUUGUAUUUGCAGAGUAUUAGCUUUGAAAUUGAGUAAAGAAAGCUGUUUGUAGUUUUAAAAUGCCUUAUUGGUAUCAGUUAGAAAUUACUUCUAUUUUUUGAUGUACUUAGAGCUCUUUGAGAUAUAGAAUUUUAAAUGGCAGGAUUUUACAGUGUUUACAUGCAAGUGCAUUUUAUAAGUGUUCUAUAUGUGUAAAAUAGUAUUUUCAACUGGAAAGCGUUGGCCAGGGCCAAAGGCCUGGCCUUUUUCUGGUUCCCAUGAUGUUGCCUACACUGCUAGACUACAGUAUUGCUUUGUAUCAUGAGGCCAAGAAACUUCAUGUUGUUUGUAAAUAGAAUAAUUGAAAAAGCAAUAAACAUUUAUUGAACAAAA